UCCAAUAUGGAUUUGCAGUUUGUGCUGGAGGAGUUUUCAUGUGCUGCUUAUGUUGUGGAAUACGUAAACAAGACCAACAGAGGCAUAAGUAGUUUACAUCGUGACCUCAUAAAGCUCCAGGAAGAGCAUCCAGACCAGGACUACAAUGGAUUGUUGAAGAAGGUCAGCAUAAAAAUGUUAAAUUCCGUGGAAAUGUCUGCCCAGGAGGCUGCUUGGUAUUUGCUUCGGCAACCGAUGUCAGAAGCCAGCCGCAAGGUUGAGUUUAUUGCGACAAUGUGGCCACAAGAGCGAAUAAAAUCCAAGAAGCGGAACAAACAGAUGGACGAAGAGGAUCUCGACGACAAUUCCACCGAUGUGUGGACGCUAAACAUCAUCCAACGGUAUGAACUGCGCCGAGGAAUGGAUGAUAUCUGCUUGGCGGAUUUCGCAGCAUAUUAUUCGGAAGAAAGAUCCACGAAGCAUUCAUAUAGACUCCGUUUAGUUCCCCGUGUAUUGCGUUGGUGCUCAUACAGUAUGGUGGAAAUGGUCGACUAUAAGCGUGAGAUGGUUCUCCUCUUCCUACCGUUCAGGAAUGAAGUCUGCGAUGUACUUGAUCGGAACAAGUUCCUGAAGUUGUAUGAAGACAACGAGGCCGCCAUUUUGGCAAAGCACAAGGAGUAUGACUGCGAAAUGAACUUGGAUCAGGUUGUGGAGGAAUACAUCCGCAUAUGCAGCGAAGACGAUGAGCAGCAGGUGAUUGCCGACCAGAAGCGCGAUGAGUUCAUCCGCACGAUCGUCAUGGAGCCGAAUGAUGACGAUAUUCACAACUUGCCAACAGGACCCUUGGCAGCUGUCGUCAAACAGCGAUCAAAUGUCUUGUCAAAGCAAGAAUAUUGUGAAAUGGUGCGUGCCACGAAUGCAGAGCAGCGGGAUUUGAUUGUGCAAGUAAUCCACAGCUUGCAUUCCUCUGAAGAAAACUGCAAACCAGUGCAAAUAUUCUUCACUGGCCCGGCGGGCUGUGGCAAAACGUUCACUUUGCGCAUUCUAAUGGAGACAGUGAACCGGUACAGCCAAGCUCAUAAUAAGCAGCACAACGCUUAUGUAGCAUGCGCAUCCACUGGAAAAGCAGCGGUUGCAAUAGGUGGAACAACAGUGCAUUCCGCAUUCCGGAUUUGCAUGUCGCGUAGGCAAAGCUCAAAGCUGAGUUUCGAGGCAUUACAACUGUACCGGAACGCCUUCGCCAACGUGAAGCUCAUCAUUAUCGACGAAACAAGCAUGCUGGGUGCUGAUGUCCUCAACACAGUACAUGUCCGGCUUCAAGAAAUCACGGGGAACUACGACGAUCCAUUCGGUGGAAUGCCGAUCGUAUUUUGCGGCGAUCUUCGUCAAUUGCCACCGGUCAAUGCGCGGGCGGUUUAUGCGACAAACCAACGAGCAGUUCUCCGGCAUUCUCACAAAAUUGGCAGCGGUGAGCGGAUGUCGUCUGAGGAAAUCGAGCUUAUUGAAAGCAGGUUCCGUACGGAGGAGUGGUGUCGGCAGCAUGUCCCUCGAGGGAUCCGGUUAUUCCAUCGGAACGCUGAUGUCGAACGGUAUAACUCUGUGGCGUUGAUGGAUCGAGAGGCUGUCGAAUGUACUGCAGAUGACCUAUACUCUGGUUAUAAGGACAAUUCCCAGCUGGCCAGUGCUCGCACAAAGGUGCAUAAGAUGAGUGUAGUAGAGACUGGUGGCUUACCGUAUCUGUUGCGUCUUGUUCUUGGUACACCUUAUAUGCUGACCACCAACGUGGAUGUCGAAGAUGGCAUCGUGAACGGAGCGAUCGGAGAGCUCAUGCAUGUUGAGUACAACGAAGGAAACUCGCAGCAACAGGCAAUCACGAGGCUUUGGAUGGCAUUCGAAAAUGAGUCCAUUGGGAAGAUGUUGAGAGUGAAGGCCAGACCGCUGGUGUAUUCGAGACCUGGGGUGCUACAAACAGGCUGGACUCCAAUCGUCAAACGAUCGGCGAACGUAACCCUUAACGGUGGUGUUAAGUGCAAAAGAGUUCAGUUUCCCGUUGUAAGUGCGUGUGCCCUCACAGUCCAUAAGUCCCAGGGAGGCACAUUCUCGGAAGUCGUAUAUAAUUACGAUAAGGGUCAGGAACAGCAGCUAGUUUACGUUGGUCUUUCCAGGGUUACAUCAAUCGACGGAUUGUAUCUGACGAAUGCCAGUAACUCAUUCCGGUUCCACCACGGAAAGGGUUCUAUGACCCCUAGAAUGAACGACCUUCGGACAGAACUUGAACGUUUGAGUAACCAUCGUAUGCGCACCAUUACAGACGAUAUCAUGGAAGCUAUAACCGCAAACAAGUUGGCUUGUACGUUGAUGAGCAUCAAUGUACAAAGUUUGAAUGCACACUCGUCGGACAUUGCAACAGAUCGGGUGCUUACCGCCGUUGAUUUGCUUGCAAUGAGCGAAACUUGGCUUGACAACGGCACAACCACAAACAUCAAUGGAUACCUUUGUGUUUGUCAAGAGAAGCGUGACGGAACAAGAGCGGGAGGAGUGGCAAUAUUUGAACGUGCUGGUUCGUCGACUAUGGCCGUUUCUCACGCCAUUACGAAGCUCAAUGAAAGCUAUGACCCAGCAUUGAGUGUAGCAGACGAAUAUGGGGACUGCUGUGCUGCAGAGGUUUCGAUCAUGGAAACCCGCACGUUACUGUUUGCGGUAUAUAUUUCACCAGGUACCACCCUGAAGCAAAAGAAAUAUUUCUUAGUGCGCAACCUCAUAAAGUACACCCAUGUUGCCAUGCCCGUGGUAGUGUCGGGAGGCUUUAAUAUUGAUGUGACGAAAGAGGAGAACAGAGAUUUCAUCUGGUUCGUGAAGCAGUUUCUCUAUCUGGAUUGUGCUUCGGGUCCAACUAUAGCAACUACUAUGGGUGGCACAUGUCUCGAUCUAACGUUCACCCGGAACAUUCAGCCCAACAGUGGAUUGAUGCAUCCUUUAACAUUCAUCGGGACCACGGCGUACAUCACUUCAAAAGGCUUCAAGCCAACAUAA